UUUUUAUGUAUUUUAAUUUAAAUAUAAACAACAAUUCCUUUUUUGAAUAACUGAGUUCUCUUCUUUUAAGAAGGUCCCAGAGGAAGAAACCCUUUCCAUCAAAUUUUUCACUUUUUUCAACUAUAUUUUGUGUUUUCUAUAUUAUUUUCAAUUAAUACUUUUAAUUUGUAAGUCUCUUGAUUUUAUAAUUUUCUAUUUUUUUGAAAAUCUUUAAAUUUUUGAUUGGUGGAAGUGAGGCGAUCAAAUAUUUAGUUCACGGGUGUGUGCCUUUUUUAUUUUUAUUUAUCAAGAAAUUUGAAAAAUUUACAAUAAACUGCAAAAAUGUAUGACUAUUGUUGCUAUUUUUUGAAUUUUCCUUGUUAUUCAUGAAUCGAAGAAAUUCAAUAAAUGAAGAUCAUCAAAAAAAUUCUUUUUUUACUGACAUAGUAGUCGAAUUAAUGGAACAAUCAACUUUUAACUCUGCAAAAAAUUCCCUUUCGAAUAACAAUGACACAAAUAAUGCGGUUUGUAGAAAAUAUGGAAAUCAAAUGGAGGAAACAACAAAUGAUACGACCAAUAAUUAUUUUAAUUUUCCUUCAACCGUUUCUUCAAAAUGGAAACCUCGUUUAACUUUGCCAGCACUAUUACCAGUUUUAGAACAAUUAAGAACAACACAAAACAAUAUUUCGUGCAAUAAAAAGGAAAACAAUUCUCCGCGUUCACCACAACCUUCAACACCAAGUUAUUUAAGUAGGUCACAAUCUGUUGCAUCGCGUUGUCAGGCGAGUCCAGAUGUGCUUCGGGAUUUGAGUUUAAGGUCUUGGAAAAUUUUUUAGAAUUUUAAUUAUAAAUUGGUUAGGAAUCGGGGUGUAUAAUUAAAGAUCUCUGAAUUAUGUAUAAUUGUAUCACUAUUAACCUUUUAAGGGUUUUACAAAUAUUUUCUUUAAAUAAAGUGAUAGAAAAAUAUGUAUAAAAAGGCUUCGGAAAAUGUUUUGGUUGGCAUGGUGACAUGAAAGAUAGCAAGUUAUUUUGUUUUAUGGUAACUGUCUGAGCUUUACAUUGGAA